AUGGGAACAUGUCAAUAUAAUAAUUGCAAGUCAUACAUAGACAUUAGCACUCUCAACACAACAGUCAACAUUAUUGAUCAAUUAAAUAAUGAUUUCAUGGUUGUACAUGAAGAUUAUGAACAUCCUCUAUAUGGAUAAGUCAAUAUAUUAGAAUAUAAGGAGCCUAAAUAAUAUGAUUUUAAAUUAGUACAUAAACUUAUAACCUUUACAGAAUAAGAAGACUUUCAAUAUGCACUAUAGUAUUAUUAAGCUAAAUUUUAUGGUUUCAAUCAUCCAAAUCUUCUCAUUAUACAUGGUAUCAACUUUUACCAUUAAUUUAAGCAAUGCAAUAUAAGUAAAUCGAUUAGUUUUUCACUACCGAAUACAAAUUAUCACUAUUCUUAGAUUAUUAUGAAACUACCCUAGCAUAAGAAUUGAUCUACAGAAAAAAAAUCUACUUUGAAGAAACAGAAAUCUUAUUCUUUUUAGACUCUCUCAUUGGAAGUCAAGCAUUUCUAUAAUCUAAAGGUUAUGCUUUGCCUUCUUUGAAAUUUGAUAAAGUCUAUCUCUCCAACCUCUUAAAUGGAGCAAUUGGACUUAAAGUUUAAAGUCCACUCUUCCAUAAUUAAUAAGAUGUUGAAUUCAAUGAAUUAUUCCAUAAAAUUAUAAAUGGAGAAGAAGUGAGAUUACAUGAAUACCCAUAUAUAACACCUGAAUAAUGGUUAAUGAUAUAAAAUAAACAAUUAGAACCCUAUAAUGAAUUCAAAAGCAAUGUGUUUAUUUUAGGUUUAGUAAUACAAAAAAUUUUAUUUUUUAGAUGACAUUAGAACUUUGUUCAGCUAAAUAAAGCAUUACACUUUAUUAAGAUUAUAUGAUAGAUCCAAAUAUAUUAAUUGAAUAGAUAAAUAAAGUAAAUGAUAGAUAUGGGGAAGCCUUGCCUUUAAUCUUAGAAGCAAUGUUACAUUAUGAUCCAAAAGAUAGACGUGACUUUUUAUAAUUAAAUGAAUUAUUAGAUUCAUCAUAAUUAAAAGGGAAAAGAUUAGCUUAAAUUUGGACAUCUGAUGAUUAUUAAUAUAGUUUAACUGAAAAAAAGGUACAUUUAAAUAUAUUAUUUUGAAAAAGGUACACUUUUCAACUAAAUAACAUUCAUUAGUACAUCCAGAAGUUUAAUCUUAAUUGUCAAAUUAAUCUUUAUUGUAAAAAGGAUCACAUUUAUCUAUUCGUUAAGUUAUAUCAAAAAAUUCAAAAGAAUCAAAAGCAUCUAGUGUAUUUAUAAUAAAUUCUUAUUAAUUAGUCAUUUAUUUAAAAAAAAGAAUCUUAUUCACCUUAAAUUUAAAAGAAGAAUUUAUUUAAGAAAUUUGAGACUGAAUAAGCAUCAAAAGGAGGGAGUAAAAAAUUAAUCACUUAAGAUGGUUUUGGAGUAGAAACAACUCCUAAUGGACUUACUUAUGAGGGUUUUUUUAAUGCUGGAAAGAAAUAAGGAAUGGGUAAAUUAAUAAAUGAUGAGAAUGAAAUAAUAUAUGAAGGAUAUUUCCAUGAGAAUUAGUAAAUUUAAUAUAAAUUAUCAGAAAAGAUUUCAUCGUACUGGAAUAUUAAAAAACUAAAAUGCAUAAAUUUGUUAAGAGGCUUUUAAUUAUAAGGAUUUCAAUUAAUUAGGAGAGAAAUGGGCACGAUAUGAUGGUGAUUUUAAUUUUGGUUAAUAAGAUGGAUAUGGAUAAUUAGUUUUAACAAAUGCAGAAAGAUAUACAGGUUUAUUUAAGAAUGGAAAAGUACAUGGUGCAGGAGUAUUUUAAACAUUAGAUGGUAAAUAAAUAAAAGGAGUUUGGAUUAAUAACAUUUUAUAAGAAUAAUGA